AUGGCCCUCGUCGCCAUCGAGGGCCCGCCCAGCAACAUCCCGGGAGGCGUCCCGGCGAGUCCUGGCGGGGCCGCGGACGGCGGCGGGGCCCUGUGGCAGGACGCUGCGUCGGUGAAGGAGGCGGUGGAGCGGCUGACGGCCGUGGGCCCCAGCAGCCUGGGGGCCCUUGAUGACGUGAAGCGCCAGCUGCGCGCCUCAACCAAGCACCAUUUCGAGUUUGCGCAGAGCGGCGGCAUCAAGGCUCUCUAUGGUCUCCUUACAAAGGGCAACAGCAUUAUGCAAAUGAAGUCCAUGGUUGCUCUUGAGGCCCUUGCUGCAAACGAAGACACAAGACCAUUCUUUAGAGAGACUCCAGUUGUUGAACUCAUACUGCGCCUCAUCCGUUCAAGUGGGAGGAAGCCACAAUCGAAGCGAAGGCAAAUUGCAGGAGAAAUCAUCAGACUGCUGGCAGGCUGCCAGCCGCGCAGCGGCACGCCCCUCAACCGCCAAUUCUCCAGUGGAAUGCGGCGCAUGGGUGGCUCUUGCAUCCCAGAGGCUCUAUUCCAAGUGGAGUGCUUCAGGGAACGUCCCCUGCCCCUGUGGUACCACACCUCCAACUCCAUCCUUCCCUGGGGCACCGAGGCUGUUGGCUGCUUAGUGGACCUCCUCAUGUCCAAUGUGGCAGAGCACAUACACGAUGCGGCCCAGCGUGCCAUCAAAAAGAUCCUGCACGUUAGCCAGUUCACCACCCACAUCAUCCUGGAGAAGCGUGACAUUGCAGCACUUGUUGACUUGAUCACCGCUGUGCACCCCACCGCCGUGCUUGCCAUGAAGGUGCUCACCUUUGUGUGCAUCAUGCACCCCUCCAACGAGGUGACCUUUGUGCGCACGGGGGGCCUUGAGGCCAUCGUGCAGGCCAUGAGGACAGAUGCACUGUGUGGCAGUGUCUGUGGCGAGAUGGCAGCCUGGACAGCCUACCACUUUGGCGCGACUUCCAUCGAGAACGCUGAGCGGCUUCUUGAGGUGGGCGUAGCGGACGUGCUUGUGGAGACGCUGCAGUCUCCAGACUACUGCUGCAGGGAGGCGGCCGCAAGGGCGGCGUUGUCCAUACUGCAGACCACGGACAAGGCAGGCAACGAUGGGAGAGUCAUGUUCUGCGAGGCCAAUGCCAUACCCGCUAUCCUAGGCGUCAUUCAGGAUGGUGGUUAUCACUCCCGCCAGCAGGAAGUGCUCCUGGACAUCAUCAGGAUGGCAGUGGAGCUGGCCAAGGUGGAGGAGUACAGGAAGGAGAUGCUUCGCGCAGGUGCCCCCGAGACCAUGAACGAGGGCCUGACGGGCUGCAGCCUUCCCGUUCUGGAGGCCUCCAAGAAGCUCCAGAAGCUACUUAUGUCCAGCAGCGCGCUCAGGAACAAGCCCUGGCUCACGCCCAUGCACCAGAUCGUUCCGCCGCAGGGAUGGAUGACAGAUGGCUGCAGUGGCAAAUGGCUACAAAGCGUGCAGCUGUGCUUUCGGAAAAAGGAGUCGUAUCGCAUCCAUGAUACGGAAGCCGUGGCCGCCAACGCGCUGGCUGGAGCGCCUCUUGAUCUGGGCAGGUGGCCGAGGCAGCAAAUAGGAGGACCUAAAAAUAGGCAGCAGUUGGAAUGGGUGGAGGCUUGGGAUAGCGCCGGCGCUGAGCGCAGUGCGGGAAAUGCGGGCAACAGUCACGACAACCUGGGCACCAUCGAUGAGCACCGCAUCUCCGACGGUGGCCUGACCGAAGGCAGGGUGAGGUCACCUCUCAGCAUGACGUCCCUCCCCGCGCGGCGUGGGAUAGGGCGCCACUCGCUGGAGCCGCAGGACAGCGCGAAGGGCCUCAUGUCCAACUCCCUUGACUUUGGGACCUCGGACGUCAGCCAGUCUGCCAGCCAGUCGGACCUGUUUGCCACCAGGGACUUCAUUUGA